GCUUCAACUGCCACCAUGGAGCUGGCCCCCUGCAUGCACUUCUCCCCCGAGCCCUUUACAGGCGUGGCAGCCUCCAUAACCCACAGCCGGCUCAAGGCCAAGGGCGUGGGUGAGCACCACAACGCCUACAGCUUUCGCGGCCAGAGCUUCGAGAGCCUGCACGAGGCCUGCCUGAGGGAGAGGGAGCUGUUUGAGGAUCCCCUGUUCCCCGCCGAGCCUCGCUCUCUAGGCUUCAAGGACCUGGGUCCCAACUCCAAACAGGCACAGGACAUCCACUGGCUGCGGCCCAAGGAGAUCACACGCAAUCCCCAAUUCAUUGUGGAUGGGCCCACCUCAACGGACAUCCGGCAGGGGGGCGUGGGGGACUGCUGGCUGCUGGCUGCCAUCGGCUCUCUGACCACGUGCCCCAGGCUGCUGUCCCGCGUGGUGCCCGGAGGCCAGAGCUUCGAGAAGAACUACGCUGGGAUCUUCCAUUUCCAGAUCUGGCAGUUCGGGCAGUGGCUGGACGUGGUGGUGGAUGACCGUCUGCCCACCAGGGCCAACCAGCUGCUGUUUGUGCACUCGGAACAGCGCCAGGAGUUCUGGAGUGCCCUGCUGGAGAAGGCCUACGCCAAGCUGAGCGGGUCCUAUGAGGCACUGGCAGGGGGCAGCACCAUAGAGGGCCUAGAGGACUUCACGGGUGGUGUGGCACUGACCUUCCAGCUCCAGAACCCCCCACCCAAUCUGCUGUGGCUGAUGCGCCGGGCCCUGGAGCACUGCUCUCUCAUGGGCUGCUCCAUUGAGGUCACCAAUAACAGUGAGCUGGAGUCCGUGACGCCGAGCUUGCUGGUGAGGGGCCACGCUUACUCAGUGACUGGCAUGGUGGAGAUCCCCUACAGGGGCCGGACAGAGACGCUUCUGCGGCUGCUCAAUCCCUGGGGCCGGAUUGAAUGGAACGGAGCCUGGAGUGACAACUCUGCAGAGUGGGCCGAGGUGGACGACAGGAUCCAGAGACAGCUGCUGCACAGGAAGGAGGACGGCGAGUUCUGGAUGUCCUUCCACGACUUCCUGGGCCACUUCUCCUUCCUGGAGGUUUGCAACCUCACCCCCGAUGCCCUGGCCGGGGACACCACGAGGCACUGGCACGUCACCUUCUAUGAGGGCAGCUGGCGGAGGGGCAGCACUGCGGGGGGCUGCAGGAACAACCCUGACACAUUCUGGACCAACCCCCAGUUCAGGGUCUCACUCUUGGUGGGGGAUGACCCCGAGGAUGACCCAGAAGAUGACACGGUUGUCUGCACCUGCGUGGUGGCUCUGAUGCAGAAGAACUGGAGGCUUGGCCAGCCACACGGGGCCACGCUGCUGACCAUCGGCUUCGUCAUCUUCCCGGUUCCCAAGGAGUUUCAGAGGCUUCAGCACGGCCACCUAAGGAAAGACUUCUUCGCGCGGUACCCAGACCUCGGCUUUUCUGAGAUCUUCACCACCGCAAGGGAGGUGCACAACCAGCUGCGGCUGUCGCCGGGCGAGUACAUCAUUGUCCCCUCCACCUUCGAGCCGCACCAGAACGCUGACUUCCUGCUUCGAGUCUUCACGGAGAAACACAGCGAGUCCUGGGAGCUGGAUGAAGUCAACUACGCUGAGCAUCUCCAGGAGGAGAUUGUCUUGGAGCAGGACAUGGACCAGAGCAUCCUCAGUCUAUUUGAAUCGGUGGCCGGUGAGGACGAAGAAAUAAACGUGCACAGGCUUCAAGUUCUGCUCAGCAGGUUGGCCUUCAGAUUGAGCAACUUCAAGACCACGGGUUUUGGCCUGAAUACCUGUCGUCAUAUGAUCAACCUCAUGGACAAAGAUGGCUCGGGCAAACUGGACCUUCUGGAGUUCCAGAUCCUGUGGAAAAAGAUCAGGAAAUGGGUGGAUGUCUUUCAAGAGUGCGACCAAGACCAUUCGGGCACCCUGAACUCCUACGAGAUGCGCCUGGCCGUGGAGAGAGCAGGCAUUAAGUUAAACAACAAGGUGGCAGAGAUCUUGGUGACUCGGUAUGCAGAUGACAACCUGACCGUGGACUUUAACAGCUUCCUCUGCUGUUUCCUGAGGCUGAAGGCUAUGUUCAUGUUCUUUCUCACCAGUGAUCCAAAUAACACUGGCUAUAUUCGCUUAAACCUGGAGCAGUGGCUACAGAUGACCAUGUGAGGGCAGCCGGUUCCCCUGCCCGCGGGGUCCUGGAUCAGCAGGGCAGGUGCUCUGUGCCACCCCAGUGCCCUGCCCCUGCAGGUGGCAUGGGCCCCACCUGCUGAAGUUCCCCUGUGCCUGCUGUCCCAGCUCAGAGCCCCCUUUCCUUACCCCUGCCAGGCCUGGGUUGGCCCCAUGGUCUGCAACUCUGUCUGACUCUUAUUUUACUAAAAGUUAAGUGACAGUUGCCCAGCAUCCCAAGUCCACCCACACCCACCUGCGGCCACCCCUCACCCGUGGAUUGUGUUAUAAUAAAUGGCACUUGCUGCCUGC